AGCCCUAUGAUCUGCUCCAGAAAGUACUCUUAUUGAAGCCCCAAAUUAAUCACGCAGCGUGGAAUGAAGAAGUGAGUUUAGCUUUGGAAAUAGAGGGCAAAGUUAAAAAUCACUAUCAUGGAAGUGUUCCUAUAGAUUAGAACAUUGAACUUUUAUGUAGUCCUCUUAAAUCUGCCAUGAUGAAUAGCCCCCAGAUAAACCACAGCCAAUUAGAUGAGUUCAUUUGUUGAAUGGAGUUAGAAUUAGCCAUUUGAUUGUCUGAAGAACAUUUGCCAAAAGCAACUCACUUCGUUUUGGCAUAUUUGAUAUAUUGAGCUGGUAUCUGACAGUAGUUGGCCACAGCAUAACUUGCUUCUUGAGACUGUUCCUGGAAUGUGCUAGUAAUAUCAGCUUUAAAAGAGGGUGACUGAAUUUUUAAUUGAUAAAUAGGAGGGGAGUCACAUAUAUGAUUCAUCUAAAAAUGGCAUAGAUUAUUUAGGUGCAAGUUAAAGAAGUCUAAGACAUAGCCAUGGUUUUAUUCCACAUGUAUGGAGAGAUUCUACAAUUUUGCUGUUUCCCAAUAGGAUUUUUAUAUUGUGCCUUUACUAAAAUUGCCUUUUUGUCAUUACUAAAAGCUCUUCUCAAGACUAUUAAAAGUGGUUUCAAUCAAUGUGUAGCUAUCUUUAAAAUCAUGUAUUUUUCUACUCAACUAAAUCACCACACCUUUUUCUCUUCUUCCUAUACAGACUUAGCUUUGGAACCAAACCCUUCUGACCACCCAAGGCCAAGCACAGUUUUUCGGAGCAAAUCUCAAACAGAGGUGCGGGAAAAGAGGACGAGCAGCCCUUUAAACCAUGUAAGUAAACAGUUGAAAAGUUAAGAAAUUAAUAGUUUGAAUUAAAAAUAUGUCUGCCAUGAUUCCUAAAAAUAUGAUGGAUCCAAUACUGUUAGCAUGGACCUCUUUUUGGUAGAUUUUCUAAAUCUCUCUUUUCCUAAUUAUCAAAUGUAUUCAGGAAAGUCUUUGACUUAGUAGUGCCCAUUUUUUAAGGGUUCUGACAUUUAAGUUAAAUUUCACUAAUAUGGUUGUAGUAUAAAGAUCUGCCUUAAAUUCUUUUGCCUUAUUUUUUUGAUCUUAUUUUUUAACCAAAGGAAUAAAAGUAUAACAGGUAAGUUAAUUUUUAGCACUGUCCAUUGACUUCUUGUCAUAGCAGGUGAAAGCUUAGCUUCUUCGGUCCACCGUGACGUUAUUUCCCUCCCUGUGUUCCCUCAACGUGUAUCAGUUUUUAUGAAAUCAGAAUCAAUGUUUACAUUACUACGACUCUGCAAAUAUUGUGCACUGCUGAGCCAUAUAGUUCUCUGACUGUGCCUCCUCCUUGUACGCCCUUCAUUCUUCUUCUUCAAUAUUAAUGAAAUUGGAGCCCUUCUGCACUUCUCUAGGAUAACCCAACCCCCCUUUUCCUAGCCAACGUGAUCUCACACAGCCACAUGCAGUAAGUAGCUCCCUGCCCGGUCUCCCUGCUUUCACAUUCUUCAUUUUUUCUGUGGAAUUAAUUUCCUGACUAUAUUCACUUGCCUGUUUUCUAACAGCUAUUUUUUUCCCCAAAUGUUUUAACAUUUGUCACAUGCCUAUCAAAAAUAUUUUCCGUCUACUAAGCCACAUCUGUUCCAUUUUUUUUCUUGGAGACACUUUUCCCCAAUCUUUUGUCUUCCUACUCCCAUAUAGACUGGUGUUCCCCUAGGCCUGCUCUAUGCCUCUUUUCCUGGGAUAUCUGUGUGAAGUCAUCUGGGAUCUCACAUAACUCUGCUCUCUUAUGUUGGAUCCCCUAUGUCCUAGAUUCUGUUUCCCUCUUGUCUUGUUAUACUUCCUUGUUUUACUGGAGCACAUUUUCGUGGGAAAAGGGCACAUGGGCAGAAAGUUUAUAGAGAUCUAGCCUCUCUGAAACUCCUUCUAUUUGAUAAAGUAUAGAAUUCUCAGUUGAAACUAAUUUUUGCAGUUCUAAAGACACUUCCCUCUCAUCUUCUCAUUUACACUGUUGCUCUUAAACCUGUUGACAUUGUAUGGUACAUUGUACAUUACCGAUUGUAGUCAUUUCCCCCCAUCCCUUCCUUCUCGGGAACCUUUUAGUACCUUCCCUCUCCCUGGGAUUUUGAAAUUUCAUAAUUUGGUUUGGUAUAGACCUUUUUUGUGUGUUUCUUUGACAUUCUGUUUUUUUCUUCCAGGUUCCUAUUAUUCGGAUGUUGGAAGUCUUAGACUUACCAGAUCGCUAACUUUUUUCCCCUCCUGCUUUGCAUUUUGUCUUUUUGUCCUGCUUCCUGGAGAUUUCCUUGACUGUGCUCUAAUCCUUCUAUUGAAUAUAUUGUUUUGUCUACCUUAUUUUCAAUUUAUAGAGUUCUCUUAUAUCCUGUCAUUCUUUUUUUCACUGGUGCAAUUUCAAGUUUUCAUUUGCUCCUGAGUUUUUAUCACUCCCAUCAAUUCCUUCUUCCUGUUUUGUUUUGUGUUUUUUUAAAGCAUCCUUAUAUUUUAUUUUAUUUAUUUAUUUUUUGGCUGCAUUGGGUCUUGGUUUCUGCACGUGGGCUUUCUCUGGUUGCGGUGAGCUGGGCCUACUCUUUGUUGGGUGCGUGGGCUUCUCAUUGCAGUGGCUUCUCUUGUUGCGGAGCACAGGCUCUAGGGCGUGUGGGCUUCAGUAGUUGUGGCUCAUGGGCUCUAGAGCGCAGGCUCAGUAGUUGUGGCGCAUGGGCUCAGUUGCUCUGUGGUAUGUGGGAUCUUUCUGGGCCAGGGCUCGAACCCGUGUCCCCUGCAUUGGCAGGCGGAUUCUUAACCACUGCGCCACCAGGGAAGUCCCAUUCCUUCUUCCUGUUUUGAUCUCUUACUUGUUGGGGGCUUCCCUCAAACGUGUGAUGGUCCUUGGCUGUCUGUUAAGAUCUAAUUGGAAGCAUCACUUGGACAACUCGUUAACUGAUGGGCCUCACUGCAAGGAUUUGGGGACCACGCCUCUGAACCCUGAGCCUGCCUUGGGUUCUGUAAGACGAACUGGUUUUCUUGUUCCUGUCCUAGUCACUCUCCGUAUCUCCAGGGCAGCUUACUAAAAAGUAUAGCUCAUGCUCAACAAUAUUUCUAGAUGACAGCACAGUCAGCCAGCCUAAUCUUAGAACCACAGUAAAAUGUAUGACCUUAGCAAUAUAUUACCACAUAAAGAACAGAGAUGCAGAUAGAUCCUUGGAUAUUUUUGAUGAGAGAUUACAUCCACUCACACGAGAAAAGAUGCCAGAGGAAUACUUCGAGCAUGAUCCUGAACACAAAUUCAUUUACAGAUUUGUUCAUACUCUUUGUAGUGCCGCACAGCUAACUGCUGAAAGUGCAGUAGUAACUUUGGUUUACUUAGAAAGGCUUUUAACUUAUGCUGAGAUCGACAUUUGCCCCACUAACUGGAAAAGAAUUGUUUUGGGAGCCAUUCUUCUUGCCUCCAAGUUUUGGGACGAUCAGGCUGUAUGGAAUGUGGACGACUGCCAGAUCCUCAAGGACAUUACAGUUGAGGACAUGAAUGAGAUGGAAAGGCACUGCCUGGAGCUACUUCAUUUUAAUAUUAAUGUUCCUUUCAGUGUGUAUGCCAAAUACUACUUUGACCUUCGCUCCUUAGCAGAUGACAACAACCUGAAUGUUCUAUUCACUCCUCUUAGCAAAGAAAGAGCACAGAACUUAAAGGCCAUUUCCAGAUUGUGUGACGACGAAUACAAAGACGUGUGUAGAGCUGCUAUGAGAAGGUCUUUCAGCGCUGAUAAUUUCAUUGGUAUUCGGCGCUCCAAUGCCAUCCUCUCUUAAGGGAGAAGUGAGGGGUUGUAACAUCAUAAACCCCUCGAAACAAGGACUGGAGAAAUAGCACCUCUCCUGCUCAGAAACCAGCAAAGUUAGUAUUUUCACCUUAAAGAAAGACAUUGAAUUCAAGAGACUCAUGGACAAGCGAAGAUUAUGCUCAUAGGAAAGAACGGGACCUCGUCAAUGUAACACGCUCUUCUGUCCUUUUUAUUGUAAACAGAGUUACAAAAACCACUCCAAAGCUAAAAGCUCCCAAUCCAUGCACAGAUAUCUGCUCCCAAUCGACACACAGAUAUCUGAUAGCUGAGAACUAUGUGAGGUUUUUUAAUUAAUAGCUUAAAUUUUUAGACUUUAAAGACUUUAGACUUUAACUAUAUAAAGACUUUUAACUAUUUAAA